AUGGAUUUCGAAGCUCCCAAGGCUCUGAAAGAGUCGAUCAAAAACCAAACCGAAGUCGGACUGGAGAUAACCAAGCAACUCCUUCAAACAGAAUUGAGAGACAAGAACAUGGUGUUCUCGCCACUCUCCAUCCAUAUAGUGCUUAGCAUGAUAGCCGCUGGUGAAACAGGUCUUUCUCUGGACCAGUUUCUUUCUGUCCUCAAGUCCAAGACCACAGACCACCUCAACUCCCUCGCCUUCAAACUAGUCACGGCCGUUUUAGCCGACGGCUCCGCCACCGGUGGCCCAUGUUUGAACUUCGCCAAUGGUCUCUGGAUCCACGAGUCUUGUCCUCUUGAACGAUCUCACCAGCAAGUUUUGUGCAAGUCUUACAAGGCCAGGCUUAAGCAAGUCCCUGCCGGAACCAGUUCCGAGGAGGUGAGAGUUGAAGUGAACUCAUGGGUGGAGGAACAGACACGAGGCCUUAUCCCUGAGAUUCUUACGCCGGGAUCAGGUAAUGGGGGUCGCAUCAGUGCAAAUGCUUUAUACUUCAAGGCAACUUGGAGGGAAGAGUACUUCGAUGAAUCAGAUACCAAAGAGUAUGUGUUUCACCUUCUUAGGGGAGAUAAAGUCGAUAAGGUAGCUUACAUGACGAGCAUGGGUGAGCACUAUAUUACUGCCUUUUUAGGGUUCAAAGCCUUGAGACUCCCUUACCAAGUAAGUGAAGACUAUAAGGAUCACCGAUACUUUUCUAUGUGGUUGCUUCUUCCAGAUGCAAUAGAUGGACUGCCAGCUCUGGAGCAUAGGGUUUGUUCAGAGUCAGGGUUUAUAGAUGUUCAUCUUAGUUCAUGGGAGAGUGUUGAAGUUGGUAAGUUUUUGAUACCAAGGUUUAAGAUUUCUACUAGGUUUGAAGCCUCGGGUAUUUUAAGGGAGCUAGGGCUGACGGCUCGUGACUCGAAUAUGUAG